AUGGAUGGAGUGGUCAUGAUUUCUGAUAUCGCUUGGAUCCCAAGAGGAGUGCCAAAGAAAACUCCCGACAAAAUAAAGCUGGACGAGGAACAGUUGAAGCAACUAAUUCAAGGUAUGCUGUUUCGGUUCGCAUGUCCUUCGCGCGAACCUGGUAUUCGAGGAUCUGCACCUAAAGAGGAAACAGAGACUUGUGAAGAAGCAGAAAUGGUUGAGAAAAAGGACGACGAAGAGGCAAAGCCUGAUAGCGGGAUGCGAGGGAUCGCUAUGUAUGCGUCCAAUGUUGAUGAUCCAUAUGUUACUCUGCACGUCGAUAGCGAUGAAGAAGAGAAGGAGGAAAUAGAAGUGAAGCCUGAGGACAACUUGGUCGCUUUGGCAAAAAUUGAUCGGGAUAACUACACCUUAGAAGUUUUCCUCUAUAAUGAGGAAAACGAGGAUUGGUAUUGUCAUCACGAUUACAUACUAGAAGCUCCUCCUCUGUGCCUUGAACCAAUUCAACAUGAUCCUGGAAAUGAUGAAACAGGGAAGGGGAAUCUUAUUGCUGUCGGUACAAUGGAACCAAUAAUCAGCAUAUGGGAUCUGGAUAUAAUGAAUUCAGUCGAGCCUGUCGUCUCUCUAGGAGCCAAGAGUAAAAGGUACUAUAGGAUAAGAUAG